AUUUUGGAUAUGAGCUAGCUGCAGAAUUUAGCCAGUAACAAUCAGUACAGCAAAUUAUCUAUUAACAGAAGGCCUAUAUUGAAGCGGUAUAAAACAUCUGCUGUGUUGAAUAAUCACUUUCGGAUUUACUUGAGCUGGGACGUAGUGUUGAUGAAUUUGAACUAAAUAUACGUUGUUUCUUAUAGUUCUUUUCUCUCUUUCUCUCUCUUAUUGAUAAUUCAGAGACGAUUUUGAAUAGUUUUAUCAGACUCAGAUUAAAAGGUUGACAACUAUUCAAGAGUAGAAGGAAGAAGAGUAUAUUGAUAUUAAAAUAGAUAUGGAUAUAUGGCUUGUUUUUUAAUAGAAUAUAUAUAUAUAUAUGAUUGAAUAAUAGAAUAUAUAUUGAAGAAGAAAAAGUCAAGUUGAAAUUUAUGAACUUUUUCAUACAAUAUUUGGCCUUUUUUGUUGAAAAAUAGUAUGAUAUUGAAACUAAACUAAAGAGAAAAAAAUAUGUCGGAAAAGGAGAAGAUGACUAGUAAAAAUGGUAGUAAGAAUGGAUAUGGUACAAUUGAUGAUGUAGAAAUUCAAUUAGUCGAAAGAAAUAACGAAGAAGAGACAUAUGGUUUGAAAAGUAUAUGGCGUCCAUGCGGAUCUGAGAAAACAACCUACUUUAAUGAUGGAAAACGAAAAAUCGACUUUGUUAUUGUUUACGAAGAACAAAGUAAUGCUGAAGAUAGCGAAACAAAAUCUGAUAAACAAGUUUUAGAUGAAAGUAAAGUGCAGAAGAAAUAUCGGCGAUGGAGAACGACCUUCAUUGAAAAUUUAAAAGACUUGGGAGGUCAACACCCAAGUUUGGCCGAGAAAGGAUUAGAGCUUGAAGAGGAAAUUUCUAUUGUUGAUAAGAAAGAACUUCAUUUCAUUAAGAUACACUGUCCAUGGCCUGUUUUAUCCUACUACGCUGAAGAUUUAUCAUUUAGAGCUCCUCUACAAGCUCAUCAGAGACCAACAAUAAAUUGGUCUGACAGGGUACUUUCCACUUUAAAUUUACCCAAUAUUAUGAAAGAGGAUGUUCCUAAUAAACCACUAGAUUUCAACACAGCAGCUUUUAAAUUAUCCAAACUAAAGACUUAUCUGGGUAGCGAGGAUACGGAUACAUUCUUUUCUAAUCGCGAAAGACAAAGAAUCACUUGGGAAAUAUUAGUAAGCGUCGUAUUUGGUAAAAGUACAGAAUGUGGUAUAGAAAGACUUUUAGAUUGUGGAGCCUUCGUUGCAGCUUAUCCUCUACAUGACGGUCCCUACGAAAUGCCAGUAAAUAAUGAAGAAGGAGAAAAAAAAGUAUUAAAUAUGAGACAAAUACUAUACGAAUAUUGGGGAAGAUGGGGAAAAUGGUACAAAUAUCAGCCAAUGGAUCAUAUUAGACAAUAUUUUGGCGAAAAGAUAGGAAUAUAUUUCGCCUGGUUAGGCUUCUAUACUGCUUGGUUAAUACCUGCAUCUGUUGUUGGAAUUCUAGUCUUUUUCUAUGGUGUUGGCUCAAUGUUUUGGGAUGUACCUGCUAAGGAAAUAUGCGAAAGUGGAGAUACAUUUAAAAUGUGUCCCUUAUGCGACAACGGCUGUGGUUAUUGGAACAUGUCGUCGGUAUGCUUCUAUCAAAAGUUGGCUUAUCUAUUCGAUCAUCCUGGAACUGUGUUUUAUGCCGUAUUUAUGAGUUUUUGGGCUGUUACAUUUUUGGAGUAUUGGAAAAGAAAAAAUGUAUCAUUAGCCCAUCAUUGGGAUUGCUUAGGGUACGAGGAGGAAGAUGAAAGACCUAGACCUGAAUAUGCCGCCUUGGCUCCAGCCAAAGAAAAGAACCCUAUCACAGGUGUAAUGGAACCACAUUUCCCUCCUAGAGAUCGAAUACCGAGAUUGCUGUCAGGAAUAGCGGUUAUCGUUAUCAUGAUGGUCUUGGUUAUAAUAUUCAUUGUAGCUGUUAUUCUCUAUAGGAUUAUAAUAGCAGUACCGAUAGUCAAGAAUCCAGUUCUUAGACCAAGAGCUCAAACAAUAGCGAGUAUGACAGCAGCCGUGGUUAACUUGAUAAUAAUUAUGGCUUUGGGGAAAGUUUAUGAAUUGCUGGCACAUAAACUUACUCAAUGGGAAAUGCAUAGAACUCAAACAGAAUUCGAAGAUCAUUUUAUAUAUAAAGUCUUCAUUUUUCAAUUUGUCAACUUUUAUUCGUCUAUUAUUUAUGUUGGCUUCUUUAAAGGAAAAUUUGUCGGAUAUCCAGGACACUAUACAACAUUUUUUGGCCUAAGGAACGAAGAGUGUCAAAAUGGUGGAUGCUUAAUUGAAUUGGCCCAGCAACUAGGCAUUAUUAUGAUUGGUAAACAAAUGAUCAAUAACGCUCAAGAGCUCAUCGUACCUAAGAUAAAGGGCUUUAUUCAAAAGUGGAGGAGGGGUAGUACAAAAAAGAAGGGAGAAAUUAUUGAACGCCCCCAAUGGGAAGAAGAUUUUGAUCUAAUUGAAAGUGAAGGAUUAUUUGCCGAAUAUCUUGAAAUGGUACUCCAGUUUGGAUUCAUUACAAUAUUUGUAGCAGCUUUUCCAUUAGCUCCAGUUUUUGCUCUAUUAAAUAAUUGGAUAGAAAUUCGAUUAGAUGCAAGCAAAUUUGUAUCUGAAACAAGACGCCCUAUUGCGGAAAGGUGUGAAGAUAUAGGCGUUUGGUUCACCAUCUUAGAAGCUUUAGCCCAGUUAGCCGUCAUAAGUAAUGCAUUCCUUAUCGCCUUUACAUCAACAUUUCUUCCCAAGUUAUUAUAUAAAUAUCACUAUCGCUGGGAUUUAAAGGGCUACGUUAACUUUAGCCUUGCAAUAGCACCACCAGAUAGUGGGUACAAUGAAACAUGUCGAUAUCAGGCUUUUAGAGACCCUAAUGGUAAAGAAACUACAUUCUACUGGAAUUUAUUAGCGGUUCGGUUAGGCUUUAUUAUUCUCUUUGAGCACGUUGUCUUCGGAAUAUGCAGGUUAAUUGAUAUUCUUGUACCAGACGUUCCAGAAAGUUUAGAAAUAAAGAUAAAGAGAGAAAGAUAUCUUGCUAAACAAGCAUUAGCUGAUAUUAAUAUAAAGCCGGAAAAUGCUGAGGAAAAUGCUUAAAGAAGAUAAGAAAUAUCUUUCUAUUCUGUUGCUUUAUAUAUGGUUUUAUUUUUAAGUAUUCUCUAAUUUUUCACUCUCUAUCUCCCCUUAAAUUACACUAGACAUAUACUUACUUAUACAGUAUGCAUAAUAUACUCAUUAUUUAAACACUAACUAUAAAAUACUACUGUAUGUUAAAUAAUAAUAAAUAUAUGCAGUUAAGCCCAAAAUUUAGAAGUAGAGAUAUGUUUUGCUCGUUUCUUAAAGAAAUUAACUUACUCGUAUAUAUACAGUAUAUAUAAUAUAUAUAUAUAUAUAUAGUAUAUAUAAUCUUUGUCCGCUUCAUUUCUCCCUUUGUUUUUUUCUUCACACCUAGGUGAAUACUAAUAUUUUGAAGCUUUAAUAUAAAUGUUUAUUUCAUUUGUUUUUUUUAAAAAAAAAGCAAUUUUUUUGGGGCCAUCUGCAGAAAAGAAACAAUAUUUUUCUUAACAAAAAACUAAAAGAGAAAAGAUUAAAUUUCUUUAAUUUUUUUUUUUAAAAAAAAACUUAGAAAUAUCUGAUUUAACAAUAAUAAAAAACUAAAAGUACAACAAAUGAAGUAUAUUUCCAAUGGAUUAAUUAAUAUAACUAGCAUAAAAGGUAUAUUUACCAGGAAUGAAAGAUAAAGACCCUGUCUCUGUGUGUAUGUGUGUGUGUGUGUGUGUGUGUGUGUGU